AAAGACGGCAGAGGUCCUGCAGGUAGAGAAAUGUUGUCACACACCUGUUAACUCCCAGAGGAUAUCGACUGGCAACGUAUAAAGAGGCGGUGUCUCUCUCUUCCGACCACUCAGGGAUCACACCUAUUGUUGUUUUCGUUAACGAUUUGGCAGAGUAUAUAGCCUACUACACAACUAAUUGUAACAAUGACAGCAAUGGCGGGGAUUGCAUCGAAGCUCCAACACGACCGGGAGAAGGCUCAAGGCAUUGGCACGAACUCGCAGGCAGUAAAAUACUUGGGUCAGGAUUACGAAGCGCUGAGAGGAAACUGCCUUGAAUCUGGACGGCUGUUUGAGGAUGAUACUUUUGAGGCAGAGGUGUCUUCUCUUGGAUUUAAAGACCUUGGGCGAAACUCAUCUAAAGUCCGUGGUGUCACCUGGGAGCGACCUACGGAACUUAGCCGCAACCCCCAGUUUAUUCUUCAAGAUGCCACCAGAACAGAUAUCUGCCAGGGAGCUCUUGGUGACUGCUGGCUACUGGCAGCCAUUGCCUCUUUGACCCUCAACAAAAAAGUCCUCUCUCGUGUCGUUCCUUCUGACCAGAGUUUUGAGCAGGGUUACGCUGGAAUCUUCCAUUUUGAGUUCUGGCAGUUUGGGGAAUGGGUGGAUGUGGUGAUUGACGACCGUCUGCCCACCAGAGACGGAGAGCUGCUGUUUGUUCACUCAGCGAAUGGUUCAGAGUUCUGGAGCGCCCUGCUAGAGAAGGCCUAUGCUAAGCUGAAUGGGUGCUAUGAGGCCCUCUCUGGAGGAUCCACAACUGAAGGCUUUGAGGAUUUCACUGGAGGUAUCGCAGAGAUCCAUGACCUCAAGCAGGCUGGACCAGGACUCUUCAAGAUCAUCAAGAAAGCCCUGAACAGAGGUUCCCUCCUGGGCUGUUCUAUUGAUAUCACCAGCUCAUCUGACUCGGAAGCCAUCACGUCUCAGAAGCUUGUGAAGGGACAUGCUUACUCCUUAACUGGAGCAGAUCACGUGGAGUACAGAGGUGAGAUGGUGAAACUCAUCCGCGUGCGAAACCCCUGGGGUCAGGUGGAAUGGACAGGAGCGUGGAGCGACAGAUCUUCUGAAUGGCAGUAUGUCAGCAGUGAGGAUCAGUCCAGGUUGAAGAAUGCCUCGGAGGACGGGGAGUUCUGGAUGUCUUUCUCUGACUGGAUGGACCAUUACUCACGUGUGGAGAUCUGUAACCUGACUCCUGAUGCUCUCGAUGAUGAUGAGGUGGAGAAAUGGUCCCUGUCCAAAUUUGAAGGAAACUGGAGGAGGGGCUCGACUGCUGGAGGCUGCAGGAACUUUCCAAACAGCUUUUGGCAGAAUCCUCAGUUUGUGAUCAAACUCGAUGAAGAGGACGACGACCCCGAUGACAAUGAGGCUGGCUGUACCUUCAUCGUAGGUCUGAUUCAGAAGAACCGCAGAAAAAUGAGGAAAAUGGGGGAGGAUAUGCAAACCAUCGGCUUCGCCAUCUAUGAGGUGCCUGAGGAGUACGCAGGGAGGAGACAGGUUCAUCUGAAUAAGAGCUUCUUCUUGCGCAAUGCCUCCAAGGCCCGCUCUGAGACCUUCAUCAACCUGCGAGAGGUGUGCAACCGCUUCAGCCUCCCUCCCGGGGAGUACCUCAUCCUCCCGUCCACCUUCGAGCCCAACAAGAACGGCGACUUCGCCAUACGGGUCUUCUCUGAGAAGCAUGUCGACUUUGAGGAGUUGGAUGACCCCAUUGAUUGUCAUGUGGAGGAGAUUCAUUUCGAUGAAGAUGAUAUUGAUGACAGAUUUCAAAACCUGUUUGGACAGCUGGCAGGCCAUGACUCUGAGAUUUCUGCCUUUGAGUUGCAAAGAAUCCUCAACAAGGUGGUUACUAAACGUUCUGACGUUAAGACUGAUGGGUUUAGUCUUGCAACCUGCCGUAACAUGAUCAAUCUUCUGGAUAAAGAUGGGUCUGGCAAAUUGGGCCUCAUAGAAUUCAAGAUCCUGUGGACGAAAAUCCAGAAGUAUCUGGACUACUACAAGAACAGAGAUGCAGACGAUUCUGGUUGCAUGAGUUCAGCUGAAAUGAGGGUGGCUGUUGAAGAUGCAGGAUUCUCUCUCAAUAACCCCUUGCAUCAGAUCCUUGUGGCUCGCUACAGUGAACCCAAUCUCUCCAUUGACUUUGACAACUUUGUCUGCUGCUUAGUCCGUCUGGAGUCAUUGUUCAAGACAUUUAAGACUCUGGAUAAGGAUGGGUCUGGAACUGUGGAACUCAAUCUCUUCGAGUGGCUGAGUGUGGCCAUGCUGUAAUGGCCCUGUUUGAAGAACAGUGAAACGGGAUUUAAGGCCAAACCUCAUGGCAGGGCAAAUGCACUGUUUUGUGGUGUCAAGUUACUCAAUGCUGUGCUUUAUUUUUGUUCUUCAUCAAUAUCCCUUGCAAUAUCCCAGCUUCUCCUAUUUAGUUUACUCAGGGUAGCUCCGAAACACGCAAUGCAAAAAUUUUGAUCUAGCUCAACUUGAUACAGAGUAUUUUAUCAUGUUGUUGUUACGUGUUUUUGGAAGUUUUCUUGUCUUAAUGAUGUGUGUGAUCUUUUAUUAGAGAGAGAAAGGGUCCUGUACUGUACUGAAAAAUAAAGAACAAUUCCACCCUA